AUGAGAUUUUAUUUCCCUCAACGUUUUCUGAGCGUGCUUCUGCUGCUCGUCGCUUUGACGUGCGCCACACAAGCUAGCAGCCUCCGAGCGAGGCGUUCUGUCUGGAAUGAUAUCGGAAACACAUUGAACAACAUCGGGCAGACAAUCAAGGGUACCAUGAAAACCGGAAUCGACUCUCUAUUCUACCGACAUUCGACUGCCGAUCCCGAAACGAUCCAACCGACCUUGGAACCAAACUGGAACGGAACGACGCCAUUAAGUUGGAAUGAAUCGGACUAUCGGGAAAUCAUAAAUGCUCCUAUCAGAUGCCCGCCUAAUCAUGUAUUAGUAAAAGAUCGAUGUAGAAUCGAAGCUCGUCGAUGAUAAGCCUCGUCAGGUUUCAGAAAACAUCGUGUUUCCGAUAUUUUUCACAAUUUUAUC